AUGCAGGGCACGUACACGAAGAGGUCGGCCAAUGAUGAUGUGUACGACACAUCAGAAGGAGCACUUCCCUUUCAUCUUCAGCGUAUCGCAGAAGAUGAUCUCGGCGAAACGCCUACGAGGAGGAAGGUAUCGUUGGAGAAGCUAGCCAAGCUUAUAUCAGAGGAGCCAGAGCUGAACGCGAGAACGGAUGCCGAGUUUCUCAUCCGUUUCCUGCGCGUGAGGAAGUACAACGUGGAGGCGGCCAUGCAAACCAUCAGAAACUACUACUACAACCGGUCCGCCUGCGACUCCAUCUACCGCGAAUUUCUGCCCUCGGCGGUGCCCCCAUCUGCGCGGAAACUGGCCAUGGUACUGCCCGCACCACCACCACCACCACCACCACCCCUCGAGGCUACGUACUGCUUAUGUCACCCAGCAGCGGGCACCGGCUCCAUGUUCCUGGCUGUCGCAGCGCGCUCGCUUCCCUCUUCGUCUGUUAAUAGUGUGCCUUCCUCGUAUGAGGCCGGCGCAUUCAACCCGAAGGAGCUAACGCAGGUCGUCUUUCAACGCGCCUGUCUCAUGUGCCUGGAGUUGAUGACGUCACACCCUUCCGCACAGACCGUCGGUAUGGUCCUGAUCAUGGACUGCAAGGACUUUGCCGUAGAAAGCGCGCUGUCUCUUAAGCCUGGCCUCAUCCAGAGGGGGCUAGAAUACGUACAGGAUUGUAUGCCGUCCAGGUUGAAAGCUUUCCACGUCGUGCGACAGGCGCAUGCUUUCGACAUACUUUACACUCUCAUGAAGCCUUUCUUGAAGAGCAAGUUGACCAGAAGGGUGAGUUUUGAAUAUGUUUUUUAUAACUUGUCCUCUUCCAAGUUUAAAUUUCAUGGGGAAAACUUCGAGAGCCUCCACGAAGAAAUUGCACCAGAAGAACUUCCGGCACAGUUUGGCGGCCAGGCGCCACCCCUCGACUACGAUGCAUUCUGGAGCAAAAUGGACGAGUUAGAAGGUUCGUUCGAAGCAGACAACCGCUACGGCUACUCCAAGAAGAACAUCGGCGACUUUGCUACGCAGGAGGAAGUAGAAGAAUCUUUGGGAUUUCUCUGAUGCAGAAGGCAAUUUAAGUAAAUGUAUUGAACUAGCAACAUGUAGAGAAGGUUUGGAUUCAUCCGGCAAAAUUAAUUCGCCGGGGAUUAGACAUUGGGUGGGUAAAAAUACAUUGAAGUUUCUCUAACGUAGAAGACAAACUGAUUAAAUGCGUUCAACUGACAUAAGUUCAAGAUGGUUCGGCAUCCUCCACCGUCGUUAAAAUAAAAAAAAUAAUAAAUAUGCUGUCGACUACAGGGUUUCAUGCUGGCGUGUUGGUACGUCCUAUUGCCGAACAUAGGUGUAGUGCGAACACCAGGAUACAAUAGCGACGCUGACAUACCGACGAUCAUGACGCUACAUGUGCUUUUUUUGUCACUCUUGUGUCCUGUGCUGGUCUAUAAGCUAAAGAUUUCUUUUGCUCCCCCCGAUUCUAUUACUUUCUUAUCAUCUAAAGCUCACGACAUGAGGGUCUUCGUGGUAUAGAAGAUCGGGCAUACUUUGGGCUACUGAAGAAGCAUGGAAAGGAGUAGAAUUGAAAGAGAAUGUUACAUUGUUCCAGCCCUGUGGA